GCUGCUGUACAGUAAAAUAAAUAAACGGAAUCGCAGAAAAACCAGAGAGAAAAACGGCUUUAAUAAAUGAAGUAUUCAUACGUUAUCGAUAAAACCUGUUCUUAAAACCUAUUCCAGUAUAUACGCAUCAUCUAGGUACUUGGUAUUAGGUAGGUGCGUUGCGGCCAUGUUUAGAAUUUGGAAAUAUUUUCAACAUGGCGCCCGGUAGUUUGAAGUAUGUGUGUGUGAAAGUGCAGUGAAAUUAUGUUAUUAAAAAGUGUUUUUAGUGAUAAUUUUAGUUUAUAAGUGAUAAGUGUAUGAUUUAAUGCAGCGGUUACCCUAUCAUGGCAUUGGAUUUACGCCUGCACUCUCCUGCAGGCGCGGAACCUGUUGUUUAUACAUGGCCUCUUACUUCAGGUCAUGGUUCGGACAAGCACGAUGGGGCCCUGGAGAUAGUAGAAACUAUAAAGUGGGUGUGCGACGACCUCCCUGAGAUGAAGGCGGCUCUGGAGAAUAACAUCCUCUGCAACUACGACACCCACUCGUACGACAGCAUGCGAGCGCUAUGCGACAGAUUUAACCGCGCUAUAGAUUCUGUCGUUGCCUUGGAAAAAGGAACAUCACUGCCAGCGCAGCGUUUAAAUAAAUACCCUUCAAGAGGCUUAUUAAAACAUAUUUUACAACAGACUUACAAUCAGGCAGUUGCUGAUCCUGAUAAACUUAAUCAAUAUGAGCCUUUCUCUCCUGAGGUGUAUGGCGAAACGUCGUUUGAGUUAGUAUGUCAAAUGAUUGACCAAAUCGACAUUUCGGCGGAAGAUGUUUUCGUGGAUCUGGGAUCAGGAGUGGGUCAAGUGGUACUGCAGAUGGCUGCAGCGACUCCUUGUCGCAUAUGUUUUGGUGUAGAAAAGGCUGAAGUUCCUAGCAAAUACGCUGAAAACAUGGAUUUAAACUUUCGGAUGUGGAUGCGCUGGUAUGGGAAGAAAUAUGGAGAGUAUAAAUUAAUAAAGGGCGAUUUUUUAAUGGAUGAACAUAGAGAAAAAAUUAAUGCAGCUACCAUCGUGUUUGUAAAUAACUUUGCGUUUGGCCCUAAUGUGGACCAUCAAUUAAAGGAAAGAUUUGCUGAUUUGAAAGACGGAGCAAAGAUUGUGUCGUCAAAAAGCUUUUGUCCUUUAAACUUCAGGAUAACAGAUAGAAAUUUGAGUGACAUUGGGACCAUCAUGCAUGUCAGUGAGAUGUCUCCGCUGAAAGGAUCUGUCUCGUGGACAGGGAAACCUGUAUCUUACUAUUUACAUAUUAUAGAUAGGACCAAAUUGGAGAGAUACUUCCAAAGACUGAAAAAUCCGAAACUCAAGGUCAGCAAAAGGGGUUCACAUAACGGCUGUGAGGAGGGCGAGAGUAGUAAAAGAAAUCUAAGUGCUCCGCCGACAAGGCAGCCCACGCCGGACUUGCUCAAUGGGAACAGCAAUCAUAGCACUGGUUCUUUGCCAGAACGUAGGAGGAAAGUCGCACGAGCGCGCCCUGUACGAGGCGAGAAUGGGCGGACGAGGGCUCGUGCAGCUGUGGCCAAGCGGCGUGCGGCUCGGCAGUCCACGGACGAGGAGAGCGAGGAGGAGUCGAGCGGCACCGACGACGCGCCGCCCGGCCCCGAGCCAGCCCCGCGAGAGUGGGGCGCACCUUGGGCCUCUUCUUCCGAUUCCAAUCGGAGUCGGCGUUCGACGAGCAAGCGUAGCGCGAGCGCCGGCGGCGUGCGCAGACGGGCCGCCGCGCGCGCCAAGCGACGCCGCGCCGCGCCAGCUGCCAUCGCCGGCCUCGACCUGCUACACUCCACCACGCUCGCGUCUACGGCCAGGAACGGCGCCGAAACCGCUCCGCCUCCGGGCUGCGUGGAGCAGCGCCUGUCCGCACUGGGCGUACAAUUGCAGCCCGCUGACAGACUGCACUCGGAACUUGACAUCCCGCGCUCGCCGCACACGCCGUACAGCCUGCAGCUGCUGCUGGACAUGUUCCGCGACCAGUAUUUGGCGUUCAUACACCGCAUGAACACGCCCGAGUAUGCCAGCGAUAUACGCCACCAGAUCGACAAAGAGAAGGAGAGAAAUCAAAAGCUGAAAUCCAGAGCUUCACAGUUAGACAAGCAGAUUAAUGUGUUAAUAAGCGAUAGUGUCGCGUUAUUGAAGGCACGUAUGAGUGAGUUGGGUAUACACGCCAAUAACACAGUUGACUUGCUAGCCAAAGCUAAAGAAAUAGUGGGGCGACAUAAGGAGCUGCAGAGUAAAGCAAGCAAGCUACAAGCACAGGUGAAUAAUAUAGAAGCUGAACAAGCCAUGCUGGUUAAACAAAGGACGUUUGAAAUCACUGAAAAAUAUAGACAACUGGGUCACAUACCACCCGACGUCGAAAUCACACAAAGUAUAGCUCACGACUGUAUACUAAAAGAGAUAUCUGCGACUUUAGCUCACAGAAAAAGACUGCACGCUCAAGUCGGUCAUCUACAGAAUGAGAUCAUGCAAAUGGAGAGAGCAACGGAGCAGCAAAAAGUGGUACCGACGGGCGUUCCCGUGGCCACCGUGAAACCGCACACGGUUAACUCGAAGCCGAGGAAAUCUAGGGAACACCGUUCACGAUCACAAGAGUGGCCAGACGUGCCGGACGUGGGCAAAAUAGAGGAGCAAAACCCCGAGAUCCUAGCGCAAAAGAUAUUGGAGACUGGACGCCAGAUUGAAGCGGGGAAGAUAUCGAAGCCGAACGUCAUAGUUAACGGUUACGUGCGCGAGAUGGAUCAUAGGCCGAAAGCGGCUCCUGUUCAUCGUACGCCGCCGCAGCCGCAAGCGCGCGGGCCGCAACUGCCGCCGCUGGCGCAUCGUCACUCUCCAGUUAAACCGCAGAAACCUUUGAACGUCGUAUCAAAAGUGCAGGAAUCGCCGAAAGUAAUAAAUUUUGAAGAUCGCCUCAAGAGCAUUAUAACGUCGGUUUUGAACGAAGACCAGGAGCAGCGUAAAGCGGCGCGUCAAACUACGCCGGCGGCGCACCCAUACGCGCAUACUAAUGGGUACGUUCGGCCUGCUUCGGCGGCCGGGGCGUAUCAAAGAAGCGGCGCGGGGACUCCACAAGGCACUCACGCGGCGUACGCCCGAGUGGGGGCGAACGCUGCGCCGGCGAGGGAGUUCCGCCGCGAACGUUAUCCGCCAUAUGAGCGCCGCGAUCCGCCACGUCUGCCGAACGCGCACCUAGAUCGACCCGAUCUGAGACAUCAUCAUGUCAACCAGCCGGAUUACACUCAGGUAUCCCCGGCUAAAUUGGCGCUGCGUCGGCAUCUAUCGCAGGAGCGGCUAGCGGCGCCGGCGCCCGCGCGCACCAUCGGCGACCUCGUCAACGGCGAGAUCGAGCGCACGCUUGAGAUAUCCAACCAGAGCAUCAUCAACGCGACGGUCAACAUGAGCGCGCGCUACCACGACCCGCCCCCGUCGCAUCAACCGCUCGAAGGUUUGGCGGCUUGCCUGCAAGCGCGCGUGUUGGCGUCCGAAUACUGGCGCGGGCGCAGCGGCAGCGGUGGCGGUGGCGCGCCGGGCUCGGGCCCGCCUGGCGAGACUGACGAGCCGCGCCGUCGCACGCCGCCGCUCGACCCGCACUCCAACACAUCCACGCCACUCGUCGACGAGCUGCCCGACGGCGCUCGACCCAAUGAAGGCGAAGGCGGCGAGGAAGUCGACGAGAGCAAAUGGCAGGACAGGAUAGCGUUUCGGUUCGAUCAAAUAAUAUCGUUCGCGUCGACUGCCAUGGAGGACAAGCGGCGCCGGUCGGACGAGGCGUGCAACACUUCCCCGGACUCUGGAAUCGGGCACGGCGAGGCGGGAAGACGCAACGGACCCGCGGAGAGCGCCGGAGGAAGUAGUAGUGGAAGUAGCGGGGGGGUGGUAUGCGCUAACGCAGGCACUAGUGCGAUGGCGGGGCCGGGGCCGGGGUCGGGGUCGACGGCGGGAUCGGAGACGCGGUCGCCGUCGCCGCUGCCGGCGCACCACUUCAAGAAGCGCUUCUUCCGGCGCGAGCGGUGGGGCGCGUGGAGCGGCGCCCCGCCCCCCGCCGCGGUGGACUGGGAGCGGCCGGCGAUGUGACGCCCGCGCAUCUAGCGCUGCGACGUGUGCCGCUUCGCGCACCAGCGCUGCCCGUAGCCUCACACUAGCCUAAUUAUUGGGAACACUGCCGACGCGACGCGACGCGACAGAACGAACUCUCGUUCGUGUUCUAUGUAAAUAGGGACGGGCCUCGCGGUCUCGAGGCGCGGCCGGCCGCCGUUCUCGGACCGCCCUUUCGGAUGUUGACUGUGUCGUGUUUUGUUAUUUUUUUUUUCGGAUAUAUAAUGUAAUUAUGUAUAUUAUUGAGUUUAUUUUACGUUUAAGAAUGUAAUUAUUUAACACUAGGUUUAUGUCGCCGUGCUGUCCGGCGCUCCGAAAGAGCUCCCCGCGCCGUGGCGGUUUGUAUUUCAUGUGUUCAUUUAGGUCAUAGAGUUUGAAAUACAUGUUUCGGUGAUGAUACAGUGGAUAUCGUUCUUACGCCAGUCGUUUGAUGAAUGUUUGUUGUUUUAUGUGUUUUACGUUCUCGAUAUUUCGGAAGCUCAGUCUGAAUAAUGUUAAUCAUUUCUUUGGGGGAUCUUUGAAUUAUUAUAGCUUUGUAUCUAUAGUGAAUUUGUUAUCUACGUGAUCUUGUAUGAUGAAUGAUAAAUGCGUAAUUGAUCGAAGAGCGGCUAAUGCAACAUUUUUGUUGUCUUGCUCGAGAUGUUGUUACUGCCAAAAUAUUUUUAUUUCAAUUUUUGAAAAAAGACGCGCAUAUAAUUUUAAAUAAUUAGAGUAAAUAAAUUAGUCUUUCCACCGACCACGUUAGGAAGACGAGAUUUUUUAUGAAGCAAGUAAAAUAAACGCAAAUAUAAGGUUAGUUGGUUCAGAUAUAUGACUCUUGUAGCAGUGUAAUGUUCCUGACAUUGCACCUUGCACUAACGUAACCUUUUUGUGUCUAAUUCAUAGGCAUUGUCCAAUGCAUAUUUCACAGCUGGCUGUGCUUUUAUGGAGUUAGUGUGAAAUUCCUCUUAUGUCGGCACUUCACAUGGCUAUUCGUGUUUGCUGUUUGUCAUUUGGACAGCAUGUUGUCCUUAUCACAUUUUAUAAGGAGUGCAAGGGAGAGACAGUAGUCCAGUUUACAAAUAGCAAAUACGAAUAGCCAUGUGAAAUGCUUUUAUUAUGUUGAAGGACCGAUUGUCUGUACGUGUGCUACUUGAACACUGUUUGCUCUGAGGAAAUUACCUACAAUGAUCUUUUCUAACCACAGAAGGAACAUCAAUCUGGUCCCCAAGUGUAAAAUUCUCAACACAGUUGAAACUGAAUCUAUAUUAUCAUUACUUCAAAUUCUCUGCUUUGGCAUUGUCUAAUUAUAUAAUAGGCUUUAGGAGAGCGAGAAAACAAUAUUGUUGAGCAAAUGGAUUAAAACUAUAUACUACUUACAAUUAUAUUUUUAAUAACAACAUGCACUUUUGCUAGAUGGUUCAUCAGCACAUAUUUAUAUCUAUUCAUAUAAAAUAAAAACUUCUUCAUAAAAAAUCUAGUCAUAUAACGAGCAUGUAGGUAAAUCAUACGUAAACCAAAUCAUUGUAUCACCAUUCUUGUUUAUUUCUAUUUUACUUGAUGAAAGUAUUAGACCUUUUUUAUAUUCCAAAUAAAUAAUUUGGAAUAUAAAAAAAGGUCUAAAAGUAUUUUAAUACCCUUCUGUAAAAGGUAAAUAGAUAAGAUGUAGUAUAUAUUAUCAGGAUAAAGAUAUUACAUGAGCAUCAAUUUCUAUUUUCAAUGGAAGGGUUUAAAAUUGAAGUCAUCUUUGUCAACUUUUAAAUCAGUCAUAUAAAGGUAUGAUUCCAUUAUUUUACAUUUUUCAUAGGUAUCGAAAAGUUUCGCAUCCAUUGGUAUUGUCAUUUCCCACUUUUUAGUAAAAUAUAGUAAUUACUUACGUUUUAUUGGUUUUCUAACAUUUUCCAUGUCUAAUGUAAUAUUAUUUAUAAAAUCAUCAUCGGAAACGAAUAAUUUAGUAAUUUUACGCUUAAAACAGGAGGCUUUGUAUGAGUAACAAAAUAUUUUAAUAUAAAAUAGACCGUUUGACAUGCUUCGAUAUUUAUUUGCUAAAUAUAAAUAAAGUUUUCGUAUUGUAUGUUUUAGACGUCCCUUACUUUAUCAGUCACUGUAUUGCAUUAUAUGUCUUGCAAUCAGAUGGAUUCAAUAAUAUCUACCUAUACCUACCUACGUUUAUGUCAAUGAAUUAGACUUAAAAAUAUUGUAACAUAGUGACUCACACAGAAAAAAAUUAAUUCGUUGUUAUAUUUAACUUAACAAAAAAACGUAUGUAUAAUGUGAUAAAUUUAGAUACUUACCUAGUGUAUAAAUUAAUACAAAUAUCAGUAAUUAAAAGUAAGGAGAGUUUAAAACUCAAUAACUUUUUUUAUAUUUUUCAGAUGAAUAUCCGUGGUACAUUUUUGGACAUGAGAUAAAUCGCAGCAAUUUUUUACUGCUAGGAGAGGUCGGUCUGAUAAUGACUGAAUUAUAAUAACACUGAACCAAUGAGAAUCAUAGUUGCGAUUGUGAAUGCGCAUAUUUAAACUUAGUGUAAACUACUUUCGCUCACGAAGAUUAUCCGCCUUUUAGGUAUAAGAUUUACCAAAAAUAAGAAAUUCUUUAUGAGUUUUCUAAGAUAGUUAUUAAAUUCAACGUACUUAUUAUUAUGACAUGAAGCAAUAUACUGUACUCCCAAUGUAGGAUUUCUUUUAAUAACAUGUAUUGACAUUUUAACCUUGGUGCUUUCUUACACUUCUGAAUUUUCAAGGAGAAGUUUAUGAAUCUGAAAACUAAUAUGAAUCGACAAUGUUUCAAAAAUCGAAAUCGGUGACUUUUUUACCUUUAAAUGCACUGUAUUUAUUAUGCGUAUCACAGUUGUUUAUUAUAUUUUUAUUUAAACAUUUAACUGAUAAAUAUAUUAAUAAAUAUACUAGAAAAAGAAUCAGCUUGUCAGGAAACAAUGUUAAAUGUCUCUUUAACAUUUAUGUUGGUUUGAUUGUAAAAAAUGGCGCUGCAUCGCUGGCUAAGAAAUAUUUUAAAGAUUCGACUUAUAUCGGAACCAGAAUUAGUGCAUUCGCCCGGAUAAUGAACUAUGCUAGUUCCAAUCUUAAUCAAUAUUUUUCUAGUAAAAAUUGUAUUUAUGCACGUUGUAAAUAAAUCGGUAAAUAUCCGCAACAAAGCAUGCUCUGGAGCAUUUUAGCUUACAAAGUAUUAUUUUAUUCAAUUUGGGGCCUUAUUAUGAAAGUACAUUUUACAAUCGUUGUUGUGAUAUUAUUGUAUGGUAUUAGUUUGUCAUUUAUUACAGUAUCAAACAACGAUUGUUAAAUUCAAAUAAACAAGUCAUAUUAAAAUGGUCAUCAUAAUUACACCCGGCUAUACAAUACAAUUAUAAUAAAAUAAAUGAGUUUUCUACAUAUACACACUCAUGCCAAUAUUUCACUGAUGUGGGAUUUUUAUUUGUAAUAGAAUUUAGUAUUUGGGCUAGAUAUUUCGUUAAAUGCAUUUUAGAACAUAUUUUUGAAGAAAGAAUAAUUAUAGGAUAAGACAUGAAUUUUAUCGGGUUAGGACGAUUGAAUAUAAUACAUGAUAAAUACAUAAAUAGUAGUUCGGAUUUUGCGAUAACAACGUAAUCUUCAUUGAGAUGAAGUAUUAACUUGUAAACCUCGUAAAAUUUUAAUAAUAAUAGUUAUUAAUACAUUAACACAAUUCUAUUAAUUUUGUAAAUCCUUUGAUUUUAUUGAAUGCACUGUUAUUGUAGAUAAGUACACGAGAUGUUAAUGUGAUUGUGAAAUAGUGUACUACUAAAUUAAAGCAAUGGUAUCACUCGAGAUCGAUUGCUGUUGCGCUCGUAAGGAUGACAUUGGUAAGAUUUUAAUGUUUUUAAUACAUUAACGAUUCUAAGAAUAUAUUAUAAAUAUACAUUAAUUAACAAAGAUGAGUGAAUCUAUAAUUGUCUGUACAUUAUUACAGUUUCAAACACCGGAUCGUUUAUGUAUUUCAAAUAUUGGAGAGCACUGGUUUGAUUGUGCCUGAAAAAAUUCAUCAAUGCCGCUCCAAACCUCAAAAUUGUAAAUGUAUUUGUAUGAUAAAUUGUUAAGUAACUAAACAUAACAGAAGAUACUGAUGUAUCGUAGUGUAAUAAAUAGUGUAACCAAUUACGGCAUGUAAUUUGCACUGCGGCCAGAUUUACUCAAAGAGUGUUAACAUUAUUCAGUAUCGAUUUUUAUGGGGGGAAAGAGCUACACGUGUGACACUAUAGUGUCUAAAAUAGUACAAAUGAGAAGACUUAUUGUCAUAUAAGCCUCGGACUAUUCAACAUUGCAAAUGCUAGGUUUGAGAUGUAUCCCUGUGUACUAGUUUUAUUUUGUACUAAAAGUUAAAAAUAAAUGAGU